AGGCGCUGAUCGAAAUCCCGGUAAUGUACUUACGUGACUGUGCGUCGCGGUACCGGUAACUAUAAAGGCAUGAGUCACGUCACGGCAGCCCGUCCGGUGUCACGCUCGUCCGCGCAGUCACACCGCGUUUUGGCUCUGUCGCGAUGUGUAAACACAUUCUCAAUGCACAGGUCUCUAUCCGCGCUCCCUGCUGCAAGCAGUGGUACGACUGUGCCGAGUGCCAUGCCGAGGCCCAGGACCAUCCCUUGCGCAAGACGACCGAGAUGACGUUCAUCUGCAAAAAGUGCAAGAAGGCCUUCAGGAAGGACAUCGCCGAGUACGACGAGAGCGACGAGUACUGUCCCCACUGUGACAAUCACUAUGUGCUCGAAGCCAAGACUCCAAAGCCUGUAAUAGGCGUUGAGGGCGAAGAUGCUCGUAUUGACUCGAGAAUGAUCAAGGACGAACGCGUCAAGCAAGACCCCACGCGUUCCAUUUUCAAUCAGGAUUUCACCGAUCGCAUAGGAUGAAGCACGCAGCAUACGUGGCACCCCUUCUGAAGCGUUUUAUGGACGCUUGCGAGAACAUAUUUUGACCAUGGGCCCUGCCGCGGCCGUGAAAUCGUGCGUUUUCCCUCAGUCAUGCUGCGAUUUCAUAUGAGCCGAAUCCCCGCUUCCCAUACUUAAUCUAUCGAUGCACUUCCCCCGUUUAUUGUAUUCUACCUUACCC